AUGGCGCAGGACCUGCUGGCCUCGGUGCGGCUGGCGCUGAGCGUCGCGCUGGCGCACCUGCGGGUGGUGCCGUGGGGCGCGUGCUGCACGUACGGCGCGCUCGCGCUGCUGUCUGUUACCUUCCUGAUGUACUUGGUCCCGCAGCUGUUCCUCGACCUCUUCUGCUCGCGCGGACAGGACCUGCGGAAGAAGUACGACGCGAAGUGGGCGCUCGUGACGGGCGCGUCGACAGGUAUCGGCAAGUCGUUGGCGAUGCGGCUGGCCGACCAGGGUCUGAACGUGGUGCUCGUGGCGCUGGACCAGCCGGUGUUUGACGAGACCUUCGAGGAGAUCCAGGAGGCGUACCCGAAGCAGAAGUUCAAGAAGGUCGCGACCAACCUGGGCGCGCCAGGGUACAUGGACGACAUCCGCGGCGCGACGCAGCGGCUGGACGUGCAGCUGGUGUUCAACAACGCGGGGUACAUGCUCACGGGGUUCUUCUUCGACAGCCCCCUGGACGCGCAGGCGGCCAACAUGGAGUGCAACGCGACCGCCGCGAUGCAGAUCUCGCACUACUUCGUCGGCAAGAUGGUCGCGCGCGGCGUGCCCGGGUGCGUGGUGUUCACGUCCAGCGCGGCCGCAGCGAUGCCGUCGCCCUUCACCGUGCUGUACGCCGCGACCAAGUCCUUCCUGUCCUCCUUCGGCGCGUCCCUCGCCGCGGAGGUCAAGUCCAAGGGCAUCGACGUGUGCGUGAUUCACCCCUCCCCGGUGGCGUCCCGCUUCUACGACAAGGCCCACAAGCUCGACAUGCUCGACUUCUUCAAGGGCUUCGCGGUCGACCCGGACUCGCUCCCGGACAUCAUCCUCGGCUCCGUCGGCCGCACGGUGUGGCGCGACAUCGGCGCGACGGCGGUCUUCUUCCGCCUCAUGAUGAAGGUGUUCGACUACAACUUCCUGGCGACGCUCACGGCCAACAUCGCGCACACCAUGGCCGACUACAAGCGGCACGCGAGCAAGCCGAAGCGGGGCAGGCGGUCGUCCGCCGCGCGCCGCUAG